AUGGCAGAGGACAACAAGGACCAGAACCAGGAGUACAUCAAGAUCAAGGUGGUCGGCCAGGACACCAACGAGCUUCACUUUCGCGUGAAGAAGACCACCGCCUUCAGCAAGCUGAAGAAGUCGUACAGCGACCGCAUCGGCGUGCCACUCACCUCGCUGCGCUUCCUCUUCGACGGCCGCCGCAUUGACGACGGCGACACGCCGCUGUCGCUGGACAUGGAGGAGGAGGACGUCAUCGAGGUGUUCCAGGAGCAGACCGGCGGAUGCGGCUCCUGCUAA